AUGGCUGACGACGGACUUCCACCAUGUCGACUUGAUCCUGCCGUCGAGGCUCGAUUGGAUCCCGUAUACCUGGAGUACUACAACACGCAUCUCGCACACAGGAAACCGGUCUGGCACUGCACCGUCACCGAGGCUCGAAACCAGGAAGGCCCUCCGCAAACGCACAGCCAACCGCUCCCCGUCGGCAAGAUCCUCGAAUUCUCGAUCCCUCGAAGGGAGAGUCCUGGUCCAGAGGUCCACACUGUCUGCCUAGUUCCGCCCGGGGACGCACCCCCCAAUGGCUGGCCCGUUGCGGUCUACUACCAUGGCGGAGGCUGGGUCUUUGGGCAGGCCGAUACUGAAAUGACCAUCUGCAGCAACAUGUGUGUCCGGUCUCGCGCGGUGGUAAUUUCGACCAACUAUCGGCUCGCGCCUGAGGACCCUUUCCCUGCUGCCAUCGAUGACGCAUGGGAGGCGUAUUUAUGGACGGUAUCAGAAGCACAGAGGCCGCUCAAUUUGGACUUGAGUAAAGUGGCGAUCGUAGGCACCUCGGCCGGCGGGAACAUCGCGGCCGUGACCGCUCAGAAGGCCGCAUCGAGACCACAGCCUGGCGUGUCCCUAGUCUUGCAGGUCCUGGUCGUCCCUAUAACCGACAACACAGCCACUCCCGAAUCCAGUCCUUCCUGGAAAGAGUUCGAGUUCACGGCUCAGCUCCCUGCGGCGAAGAUGCUCUGGUACCGGAGCUACUACCUGCCGAACUUGUCGGAUUGGUCGUCUUGGAGUGCAUCUCCUCUACUGGCCUCGGAUGACGUUUUCAGGACGUUACCACCGGCGUAUAUUGUCGUCGGAGAACUGGACAUACUGAAACACGAUGGGGAGGAAUAUGCCAGGAGGCUAAGUGCCAAUGGCGUCCCAGCCAAAGUGAACGUCGUGGCAAGAAUGCCGCAUCCCUUCCCGGCAAUGGAUGCGAUCUUGGAGGCCGGCAGGACGGUCAUCACCAAUGUAUGUGAUGAGUUGCGUGCAGCAUUCGUUUGA